AUGAUUUUUGGAAUUUUACCGCAAGAAGUGUAUGAACAGCUGACAGACAAUAAUUAUCAGAUCAGGAUAACUGGGGUAAAAGAACUUAAAACUGUUAUCCUUAAUACUGACAUAAGGUCAGUAUCCAUGAAAAACAUGGUGAAGUUAAUUAGUUUUCUUAGCUUGCUAUUGGAAGACAUCAAUUUCAUAGUCUUCUUGGCCACUUUAGAAGUGAUCAGUUUUUUGGUACAAAAACUGGAUCAGAAUGUAGAAAAAUAUUUGAAACUUGUAGUGGGCACAGUCAUGAAGACUUUGGGAGAUACACGUCCAACUGCCAGGGCUGAAUACAUGAGAAUUUUCACAAGUCUUAUGAAGAUUGUUGGGCCACAGAAGGUGCUGGACCUUGUGAUGGGACAACUUAAGAACAAGAAGUCAAGAGUGAGAGUGGAUAUAAUUGACAUUAUCACAGCCAGUAUGCUAAUUCAUCCCAUCAAGGACUUUAACAUCUCUUUUAUAUGGCAUGAAGUUGCACCAUACCUGGUCGACGGUAGUCGGAGGGUCCGACACGCUGCCCUGGAGCUGUUUUCUUUGUUGGAUUUCUCCUUGGAAAUGAACAAGCAGCAGCCCCUGAUAAAAGCCAUCAAUCUGGUGGAGCUCCACGGGAAGGGAGAUGGUCUCACGGUGGCAAUUAAUGCACGGCGAGCCAGGCACAGGCUACCCAGGCUAACCUCGGAUGGUAUAGUGGAGUACGCUCUGGUUCUCCCCACACCCAGACAGCGACUCUCGGCUUCAUUCUGCUCCGGAGCGGACUUGGACUGGGUGCUGAGUGGCGGAUGCAUCAGCGAUGGCCAGUGCCAACAGAGAGAAAAGUCAAGCUCCAGUGAUUGUGGCAGCCUUGAGUCCCCACCAGACAACCUUCUGCACAGAAGAAUUGAAAACAUAAGAAAGAACACACUAUCGACAUCAAACCUGUCUACUACAUUCAAGCCAGUGACCUCCGGGAGGUCCAACAGCAAGUCACCUGAGCAUGAGCAGUAUUCCAACGAGGGCCAACAGCCCUCUGAAUAUGGUCAACAAGAGUACGUCUCCAACGGUGUGCUACCCAAGCUGGACCGGUCUAAAAAUGGAUACCUCAGCGUGGAAGGCACUACCGUUCGGCUGGCCAAAUCCACCCUGCGGGAAUAUCAGAUCUUACCCUCCCAUCCCCUGGUCACAGUUCAGAGAAAGUCCAUCACUGCCAUGUUGCCUCGAUAUUCCAUGGACAAUGUUCUGUCCAUGUCCAACGCUUCACCCAAGAGCAGAGAGAGCAGCCCCCAUCACAGAGACAAAGGCCCACAGAGAGAGGCACCAGGCAAGGCUAUCGUCUUCCCCACCAGCUUCCUGCAGCACAACCCUCCUCACUACUGCCAUCCUUCCUCGGAAGGCAGCCUCUCUAUCUACCAGCGCCUGCCUCCUGUCCACCCUAAGCCACCACCUGCACCGCGCAACCCUACAAUCACAAGACCAGCCUGCCUGAAGAGGGAAGCCAGCCUUAAAAAUGCCACCAUCGAUCUGUCACAUAACUCAGGCAAGUCCACACAGAAGCCAAACAUUAUGGUAUUUGCCAACCCAGAGCAGGCACUGUCCCAGAGCAUUGAACUGAUGAGUUCCGAUGACUGGGAAAAGAAGGUUGAAGGUUUGAACUCUAUUCGUGGCCUCGUACAGUUUCAUCCCAACAUCCUGGUGACCAGACUUCACAACAUCUGUCUGGCUGUCCUUAAAGAGGUGAAGAACCAGCGGUCUGGGGUUUCCAAAGUGGCACUGGGGACCAUAGGGGAUCUGCACACCUAUCUAGGAAAAUUAAUGGACAAGGAGCUGGACUGGACAGCAAGGGUGCUGCUUCAAAAAGCCGGGAAAUCAAAUGUGUUCAUUCAACAAGAGCUGAAUGUGGCCCUGGACAGGAUGGUGGAGAACUGCACGCCCGUCAGAGUGAUGAAAGCUCUACUGAAUAAUGAGUACCUAAAUCACCUUAACUCAGUGGUAAGGAAGCACACAGCUCAAUACUUGGCUGAUACGGUAAAAAAGAUUGGAUCGGACUGUCUGCUGUCAGACACCAGGGACCUCACAGACCGUAUCCUUCCUGCAGUAGCCAAGUUAGCCCAAGAUUCUGACCAGGGAGUCAGACACUUUGGGUUUCAAAUGUUAUCGUUUCUGGCGUCACAUCCAGAAUUUUCUAGAAUGCUGGAAAAAUACAUCUCAGCCAGACAAAUGCCAUAUGUGAGACAGAUUGUGUCCAACUUAAAGACUAAGGAGCUGGAUGGCAGGCCAUCAGAUGCCCCCAUAAUAGGGCGCCAUUAUUUGAUCAAUAGCAGGACACUCCUGGUCCAGGCUAUGAUAAUAUUCCACUUGGACUACUCCAACUCUCUCUUCUUUGGUCUUCCAGUCUCUGUCAUUAACCCUCUUCAACUCAUCCAGAAUGCCUCAGCAUGA